CUUUCCUUGAGGGCACGGACAUUACGUGCACAGUAACCUGGAGGAACAGACAGGACAACAGUGCAAAAGCCAAACAGAAAAUUAUACUGGAAUGGUGAGCAAGUAUGAGAGACCUAUCAAAGAGAAGAAAGGAAACUGAUGACAGAUUUUGAUUUAAAAGACUAAAGGAACCAGAUCAAUUUUGAAAUACACUUAAAAAUUUCAUCAUGGUAACUCUGAACAUCAAAUCCUUAACAACACCGGUCGGAAUUAUCCGGAUUUUCGAAUUUGUGCUGACCUGCAUCACUUUCAGUCUGGUGGCUUCUCAGGGUCACAGGAAUAGUUCAUUUUGGGCAUGGUGCAUGUUCACCUGGUGCUUCUGCUGUUUCAUGACCCUCCUCAUCAUUAUUUUGGAGUUCACCAGCCUUAAUACCAAGGUUCCCAUCUCCUGGAAUGACUUCACUGCGGCGUUUGCGAUGCUGGCCACCCUGAUGGUGAUGGCAGCCUCGGUCAUCUACCCUAAGUUUUAUGUGCGCUCGACGUGCGCUCAUGGGAUUGCGGCUACGGUGAUGUCCUGUUUGUCUUUUAUCCUGUACGCAGUGGAAGUAGGUCUAACCCGAGCGAAACCCGGGGAGAUCAGCGGGUUCCUAUCCACUGUGCCCGGCUUACUAAAGGUUGUGGAGGCCUUUGUUUCCUGUAUCAUCUUCAUCUCGCUGGACUCAAACUUUUACAGUAAUUUCCCUGGGUUGCAGUGGUGUGUGGCCGUCUACUCCAUCUGCUUCAUCGUCUCUCUUCUCAUCAUCCUCCUGACAAUCUGUAGGUUGUUGGCUCGAUGCCCCUUUCCGUUUGAUAAAUGUCUGACGGGUUACAAUGUGCUGGCGGUUAUGAUGUACAUGACGGCAGUGGUUAUGUGGCCACUCUACAGCUUCCGGGACAAUCCGAGACCAACGGUAUGUAACCCCUGCUGGGACAACCUGGUUGUUGUGUCGGUAAUGACCUGCAUCAAUCUGAUUGUAUACAUUGUGGAUACAGUUUACUCAGUGCGCUUGGUCUUCCUUGUUUCACCUGCCUAGGAAAAGGACAAACCAUAUAACCAACGUAUGACAUCAGGCAAGAAGUAAAGUUUUAAUGUGGAGUUUUGUUUCAGUAAUAAAAUUAAUUCAAUUAAUACAAGAUUUAUUCAUAUUAUUUGGGUAAAAUGUUGGCUUAAAGUGAAAGUUUUUAUGAAUGUUUAUAUAUGUCUGAUAUAAUAUGUAGGGAUGAGUGGGGCACAAACAAAUGUAGGGUUCAUUGUAACACGGCGCAGAAAAACUGAGGUCAGAUGAAUACAGUUCAGCGUAAUAUGAAGUUUCAGUUUUAAAACACAUGAAUUACACUUGCGAUUAACAGUACAAUGUUGCAAAACUUGUUUUCUUACCCUUGUAACUUGAUUUACACCUUUACAAACCAGUUUUUACUAAUGCAAAUUUAUUUUACACCCCCGCCAAUUUUAUCUUUCGCAAGCAAUAUUUUUUGCCGUCAUUUUACCUUCAUAUAUAGUCCCACACAAGCUGUGGAUAGCAUGCUAAUGUAAAGCCCGAUGAUUUAAAGGAUCCAAAGAUCCUGUUCUGAGCAAUAGUAAACCUGUCAACUGUUUCACUGUUUUUACAAAAUUACAUUUCUUUUCUUUUAAUUGUUUAAAUUGUCAUCUCUCAUGUGUUUCUUAUUCUAUGUAAAGCACUUUGAAUUACCUCUGUGUAUGAAAUGUGCUAUACAAAAAUAAACUUGCCUUGUAUU